ACGUCAAAUUUGGAGAAGAGUGAUUGUAAUUAUUGAUAAGUUAAAUACGAAAUUUAUUAGACGUAUGCCUGCAAGUUUUGGACUAGGAAGUAAUGAUGAUAGAACGUGAAGUUAGGAGUAACAAUAGCAAUAGCAAUAGCAAUAGGAAUAUCCGAUGAAGUGAAGACAUGAAGAAAAUUUCCCUCCAGGUGGACAAUGUUCAAAGCGGGAAGCACGUGACCUCGGUCACGUGCAAUAAGACAUAAGACUAUUACCGCCCUUCGCUGUCUCACUCUCAGACCGUCACAUGCUUCCACCCAACAACACUUGCAAACCUUUUCAAACUGAAUAGAUGUCAUUCACUGCUCAGUAACAAAUCUCUCUCUCUCUCUCUCUAGGAUGAAAACUUCCAAUUUUAUCACCGAAUUUCAGACCCCAGUAGUUGAAUCUGCAUUUUGAUUUUCAAAACACCAGAAUGUGGCAAGUUCUACUUGCAGCAGCUGCAGCAGCAGGAUCCGGAAUUUUAGCAAAGAAAUUAAUAAACCCCACUGACGCUGAGCAACCCAUUUCUGAUUCCAAGCAAAAUGACCAAGAAUGUGAUCCAAGUAAAGCUUUGCAGCCCCAAGAUUCGAUCUUUCCCACUGAAGGUGCAGUUCGAGAAGACAGCAGUCAGGAACAGGGAGAUGCAAUCAAUGAUGAUGGCAAAAUCUUUAGGUUUUCAAGCCCCGAGACAGCGUCUAAGGAAUUGUGGAAGAAAACUGGGAGUGGGUCUAAGGGGCUCAAGAAAUAUGGCGGUUCAAAGAAGGGAAAAAAAAGUGGGUUUGGGGAAGGUGGUGCAAAAGAGUUGGCGGUGGAUCAGAGAGGAAAUGGAAGUGCAAAGAGAAACACUGUUUGCUUGAAGAAGAGGAGAACUGGCAAACAUUCUGCUGGAAAGUGUGAAUCUUGUUCUUCAAAAGAUAAUUCCUUUGGUUGGGGAGUCGGUGUUGGAAUAAUGUAUAUGAUGUCAGCUGGGAAAGCUGAAAUUAGUAGGUUGAACUGUGCAAUGGAUGAGACUGCCAAGAUCGUCCAAGAACUAAAAGCUGAGAUCACAAGCAGCAAAACUGCUUCUCUUGCUGGAAACAAAGCUGAAACAAAUAAAAGGCAAACUGAGGGUGGUACGUUAUUCAUUAAGCCAGACAUCAAGAGCAAAUAUAAAAUAAAACCAUUUGGCCCCUCUUUGAUGGAGGAAGGUGAAUGCGCCAUUAAUGUUCUUACGGCAGAACAGUUGCCUGAGGUGCUGGAAAUGGAUCAGUUGGAAGCAGAGCUUGAGACCGAACUACAAAAGCUUCCUUGGUGUGUAACAGCAAGUUCUGGUUCUGAAGGAAGACCAGAUAUCUCUGAGGUUGAGAAUUUUGCAGAAGAACAUCACUCAGAGGAUCAUGGGAAUUUAAAUUUGUGCCCUUAUGAUGGAGUAUUGCCAGCUGAACUGGAUAAAAAAUUAUGCCAUGUGCUCAUCGAGCGUCAGGAAAGCCAAAUAGUGGAGUUGGAAGCUGAGCUGCAUCAUGCACAUUCUAAACUCCAGGAGAAAGAAGCAGAGCUCCAAGCACUCAAGAAUUGCGUCAAACGUCUAAGCGAAUUUUCCUUGGCAAGUUACUCAGAUGAAGAAAUUGAGGACAAGGAGGAGGACAUGAAAAAAAGAGAUGGGGUUGAUCAAGAGAAGCUGGGAUUUGAGCCAAUAAAAUCAAUGGUUGGGAUGAAACGGACGAUGGACGCCGAAUGACACCAAUGUUCAUCUGAACUACCCUGUUUCCCUCACAAACAAGUGGGACAAAACACCCCUCACCCC